AUGGAUCUAAUCUUACAACUUAAUGUCAACCACUCGGGGCCGGCACAAGACUUGCUGAUACAUAAUAUGAGGGAGAAAGGUGCGGGGCUGGCAGCAAUUUCCGAGCCUUACCGGAUUCCAGAUUCACCAAACUGGAUAUCGGACACGGACAAUGUGGCAGCGUUAACAUGGCUCCCUAAUGGCAGCCGGGCAGUAACGGAAGUAUAUGAGCGCGGAAAAGAAUUUGUCGCAGUCCGGUGGGAAGAAAUAACGGUAUACAGCUGUUACUUCUCACCGAACCAAGAUCGAGAAAUGUUGGAAGACGCGCUGGACAGGCUAACUGUAAGUAUUCGACACGCUGGCAGUGGGCCUAUCCUAGUGUUAGGAGAUUUUAAUGCGUGGUCGAUACAAUGGGGAUCCACAAACACCAACGUGCGAGGAAAAGCAGUGGAGNUAUGGGCGGCUGCAAGUGGAUUGUUUUUGCUCAACACGGGUCAAUGUUACACAUGCGUACGGCCGCAGGGACGAUCAAUAAUCGAUCUAUCCUGGGCCUCGAUAAAAAUGCUACCCCUGGUGCAAAAGUGGANUGUGUUAACCAGCGAAGAAUCACUGUCUGAUCACAGAUAUGUGGUUUUAAAAAUAAAAGAAAUAACANGUAUAAAAGGCUGGAAAAGAGGCAUGAGUUUCCCGCGAUGGAAACUAGAGAAAAUGGAUGAAGACCUGUUUGAUGCGACAAUAUUAGGCUACACGUGGAACNAAACAGAAAUCGAAGACUGGGACGCGGAGAAAUCUGCACUUUGGAUAACUAAAAUCGCAAGAGACGCGUGCGAUAACUCGAUGCCGAGAAGCCAAGGUUUACAUAUAAAGAAACAAGCAUAUUGGUGGUCGGACAGCAUUAACAAGCUACGAGAUAAUUGUAACCGGCUGAGACGAGUGUAUACGAGGGCGCGCAAACGACGGCGUAACUCAAUGNAAAUAAUUGAAAGACUCAGGGUAGAACUAAGGGACGCACAACGAGCCCUCAANAGAUCUAUUGUGGUGGCAAAAAAGGCUGCUUGGCAGGAGUUACAACAAACAAUGGAUCGUGACCCUUGGGGUACGCCGUAUAAGUUGGUGUUGUCAAAACUGCGAACUAUGGGACCCCCGAUCACCGAGGUCUUAUCGGUGGAGAAAAUUUUAAGGCCAGUUCCCGACAAUAUGGAAGCGAAGCAGACUAGUUUUGGUCCCGAAGCCGGGGCGCUCGGGGAGCGACCCAUCAGCAUUCCGUCCUCUAUGUUUGUAGUAAUCCCUUGCAAUGAUGGGAAAAUUAGGUUGCAUCGGAUGACAUGCGGAGUACCCCAGGGCUCCGUACUGGGCCCGUUGUUAUGGGAUGUAGCGUAUGACGAAGCACUGAAUGUCCAGCUCCCACCAUUGUGUACAACCAUCGGUUACGCCGAUGAUACCUUGGUGUUGACGGCCGCUGCGGAGGACUACGAAGCUGCGUCUAAAGCUACGUUAGCGGUGGCAAUAAUAUCGGAAAAAAUAAAUACCAUGGGCCUUGAGCUGGCGCCGCGAAAACUGAUGCUAUGGUGUUUAGGCCACGCGGUAAAACAGGAAGGCAACUAA